AUGGAAAAUACCUUGAUUGGCAAGUUUUAUGGGAUGAGACCGAACAUUGAGGUUGUUCGUGGGUUUGUUAAGAGGAAAUGGAACUUGAAAGGUCAGGUGGAUGUGGUUGCGAUGAACAAAGGAUGUCUAUCCUUUUCUUUCUCUUGUGAGGAGGACCACAUGAAUAUCCUUUGCAACGAAACUUGGGCGAUACGCAAAUAUUUAAUGUAUAUCCAGAAAUGGUACCCUAAUGCGAGAAGAGAAAAAAAAUUUGUGGUCCAAGUUCCAAUUUGGAUAAAGUUACUUGGACUCCCAAUCAAAUAUUGGGAGGAAGAUGUGUUUGCAAGAAUAGCCAAUGCCUUUAGGGAGCUUAUCGCCAUUGAUCCAGUUACGGCAUCCAGAAGAAGACUUAUUUAUGCCAGUAACUGUAAAGUUGGACACUGGGCUAAAAAAUGCCCAAGUAAUGUGGUCAAAUCUCAAUCCCAAGCUAAAGUAUGGAAAAAGGUGGACAACUCUUUGAAAGCUUCGCAUUCUGAUGGUCUAGAUCAGGAAAAACAAUCUCAGGUUGGAAGGAGAGAGGAAGUGUUAGUCAGAGAACUGGGAAAUGAAACGAAGAGAGGAGAUAUUGAAAGUGUCGCCCUUCAGGAAAAGGAGCAGAAUGGCAAGGAGUCAGAUGAUGGAGAAAGAGAGUCACAAGUCAGUAGCCAAAAAGAGGAAAAGGAAAAGGACAAGACAGAUCAAAACUCAGACAAUAGUGAGAAGAGAAAUAACGGUCAUAAGUCCAAAGACAAUAAAGAGGAAGGAGACAAUUUUAAUUUAGUAUCAAAUUCAUUUGAGUCAGAUAAGGAAGCAGACUAG